AUGCCAGUGCAUAAUUCCAUAAUGAUCAGGCAUGCCCAACUCCUGGUAUUCACGUGUCUGGCAUGCCUGACCCAUCAAGCGGCCUCGCAAUUCGCGUACGAUGGUCCCUAUUACCACGAAGUUUUGGCAGGUGGCUUAGUCGAUCUGCCAUGCUACUUGAGUACCCACGCCAAAAGAAUUGCUCUCAAAUCAUUCAAUUCUCCAAUCCGAAGGUCUGACACACUGCGCUGGGUUCAUAGGAGGUUUGAUAACAUGGUUGAUCCGUGGACAGGAGAUGGGAGACGCAGUUAUCUCAAAGUCGGAAUUCUACAAGCCAAUGAUCCUCUAGUUGAGGAAAUGGGACUUUUGCACAUACCGAUGGUUUCAGGGGUUGGCCUUCGCAUUGUGGCUGUGAAUCCAUCUGUUGCUGGACUGUAUGCCUGUAUUCUCUCAACACAACCUUUCGACAGUGGACUACACUUGAUUGGUGAAAAUGACACUCUACUGUCAAUUCAUUCAUUGAGGGUGAAAGAGGUGGACAGGUUAACUUCUGAGGAGAUUUCAAGGAGAAAAGUUAAGCGAAUCAGUGUGCAAAGAACUCAAUUCGAAGAAUGGACCUGGGUAGUUAAUCCGUCAAAGAAUAUUCUUUCAGAUGGAACAGUUUUUAAAAUUGAUUGCUACGCCGAUAUCGCUCUAACCGGUUUGGUUUUACGUCGAGUCUCUGGCAAAGUUGUUCGUAUUGGCUGGAAAUUUAUUCCAAGAGAAAACAAUACCUACAUUGAUGUAGUAAAUGCUUCAAAAGAUGGUAGCGAGUGGGAUCUUGUAUCUCCCGAGGAGUUCUUCCAUUCGGAAGAAGAUGAAAUGGAAUGGUUGAGGACGGUUUCAGUGGAUGAAGACGAUGAGGAAGGCGAUCAACAAGGGGCUAACGAAGAUGAGAUAGCAGAAGGGGAUUUUGAUAUUUUAGAAUCUUGGACAUUAAGGACUGCUUUCUUAGAAGCAACUAUGCGGCGAUGGAAAUCUCGUUGGCUUCGACUUGAUAGAGAACUUGCAUUAAGAGGAUCUGGAUUGUGGCAAUGUUGGUUGGAAGGAAUUGACCUCUAUGAACCUAAGUCAACCAAAAGUGUCUCUUAUUUUCAAAGAUCUCUAAUGCUCCUUUAA